AUGAGUGUUGGAUAGGUUCAUCCAAGUUGCUCAUCUCCAAUUGAUACAAAGGAUUAUAAAACAGGAUUAGAGUAUAAUAUCUUUUUACUUGAAUAGUUCACUCAAACUAUUUAAUACAAUUAGGUAAAGUAGACAUACAUCAAAGGAAACCACUCUCAUUAUAUCACCAAAACAGUAUAAAUUGAUAUUAUUGAAGUGGAAUAAGUAAUAGAGCAUUUUUAACUCCGAAACGUAGUUAGUUUACAAGUCAAGAUUAAAUUGUUGAAGAAGAUGAUUAUUUUAGAGACCGAGUAACAAAAAGCAAAUUUGAUAUUGCAUCACGAAGAUUGAUGAUUCUAUUAUCAUUUUUUAGACACAUUAAUCAAACAAAAGAGACAGAUAAAACUUCAUAACUUAAAUAAAUUCACAAGAAAAGAAAAAAGCUGCCAUUUUAUCCAAAUUAAUUGCAAGUCUGGAAAUACUUUAUGUAAUUUCAAACAUCUAUUACUUUAAUGUUGUAUCCAAUCUACAUUAGUUUAUCAGAUCAUCGAAGUUUAGUAUUCAUAUUCAUUAUUUUUAGGAUGCGAUGACUAUACUUAUUUUGAUGUUGGAUAGUAUGUAUUUCAUAGAUAUCAUACUUAAAUUAAUAACAUGCCAAAUUGAUAAAAACUAUAACUUAAUCAAUACAUUCUAAGCUAUUUUUAUAUUUAAUUUAUAGAGAUGGCUAGUGUUUGACCUCAUUAGUAUCAUCCCGUAUAAAUUAUUUGUUAAUAGUUUUACUGAAUAAUUGUGUUUAAAUCUUUUAAAAUUACUAAGAUUCGUUAAGUAUUUUAGCUACAAUGAAAGAUAAAUAUAUUAAGAAACACAGACAUCCAAAGACCAAUCAUAAUACUUUGAAAAACUGUUUUAAUUAGAAGGCAAGUUGUGGAGCAUACUUAAAAUAUUCAAAAAUAUGCUCAUUUUGAUCAGUUUAUUUGGUUGUUUGUUUUAUUCUGUAUAACAAUAUGAGGGAAUAUAGGCAGAAGAUAAUGCCAUAUCAAUUUAUAUUCAUGGCUUAUACUGGGCUAUACAAACAGUCACCGUCAUUGGAUAUGGUGAUGUACCAAUCACAACAUCUAUGCAAUACAAUUUAACAAUUAUAUGGAUUUUCGUGGGUGUUGGAUUCUAUUCAUUUACUAUAGGCAACUUAGCUGCAAUAUUGGAACAGUAAUCAUCAACUGAAGGAUUUGACGAAGACCUAGAGGCUCUUGAGACCCUCAUGUCUCAGAUCCUAAUUCCAGAAGAAUUAAGUGCUUAGUUAUUUUCGUAUUAUUAUUAUAAUAUUGAAAACAAUCCAUUUUGGAAUUACAAGAAGUAUUUCAUUUAUAUAACAAAGAUAACAGAAUCAUUGAAACUUUGCCUUCUCAGCUUAAAGUAUAUGCUAUAGCUUUUUGUCAAAAAUAACUGAUUGAAAAUGUAAACAUCUUUGCAUUUGAUAUUAACUUUGCAGCAGCCAUUUUACCUUAUUUUACAAUCUACUGUUUUAAACAAUACGAAACCAUAUAUUUUAAUGGAUCUCCCAGUCUUGAGGUGUUCUUCUUAGUUGCUGGAGAAAUUCGUCUUUGUGACAAUGAUGGCAACACACUUCUCAACAUCAAAGAAGGAUAUAUAUUUGGUGAAAUUGAAAUCCUGGAAGAUAGUAAUCGUAAACAAUCUGCUAUUGCUGGUAAAGACUCUGUGGUGAUUAUGUGUCCUGUAUUGCAAUUCUUACAAUUAGUGUAAGAAGAUGAAAAAUUACUAUUUGAAAUUGAGUAGUUAGGAUUACGAAGAAGAUUGCUAUUGCAAGAAAGCAUCUCCAGAAUAAAAAGUAUUUAUAUUCUUUAUUUCUUCAAUAGAAAAUGCAAAAUAAAUAAAAAGAAUAAGCGCAUUGGAUGGAGAAUUGAUGAAUUAAUUUGUAUCAAAAAAGUAAGUUUUGGAAAGACAAUUCAAAAGAAAUAUAGUCAAAGAUACAUAUCAAUAAUUACAUAAGAAAUUAAUGAGAUACAUUUUUGGAUAAAAACAAGAGAAAAAAUGGAAAUAUUAAGCAAUAUUUAAAAUGGCUGUCAGGAAGAUUAUUGAUCAUAGAAAAUAAGCUUAAAUAUAAUCAAGAAGAACCAGUAUGGUAAUGGGCAAAUAAAUGUUAUAAAACUUCGCAUAAGUCAGAGAGGCUGAAAAAGAUAUCUAAAAAAAGAUCUUGAAUGAUAAAAAGAGUGGAAAAUACUAAAAAAGAGUGAAGAUUAAGGAUAUUUUAAAUCAUCAUAGAUAAAGUAGAAUAGCACCGAUGCUAAUAACACCUUCUCCAUAUUAUGAGGAUAUCAGAAGUGAAGUUAAAGAAGAAAAACAAUUUCAAAAGCAAAAGUAAAAUUAAAUUGUUGAGUUAUCUAACAGACUUAUUAAAAUAAAUUUGGUUGGGUAAUUAAAAAUAUUUAAUACCUUGUACCAAGAACUAAUUUAAAGCGUUGAUAACUUAAACGAUAUUAAGUAUCAAACUAUUUCAUCUGUAGAAGAAAUGGAAUCAAUAUAUUAUUAAGUGUCUAUAUUGAUUACCUCUAUUAUUUGA